AAACUGAGUGAAGAAUACGGGCUUUACAGUUUGAAACUGAACCUUCUAAGCCUUUGAAAAGCUGCCAACUGUUAGCCUAUUCCACUAGACAGACAAGAACAGGUUUGGAAAUCACAAUUGCUUGGGGAGGUGCUAUUUUUGACGAAAACCCCCGACAGGAAAAGCUAUUGGACCCAAGAAGUUGAAAGAAUGAGCCAUAAUCAAGCAAUUGCAAUCUACGGUCAGCUCUUCAAUCAUCGAAAUGCCAAAGAGGAUGGGUUCUAUAAGAGCUUGUUUAUUACUCCGGUGGUUGAGAAUGCGUUGUUGUCUACAUUGCAGGUGAAUACCGAGUCAUUGAACUCCUUGAGCGGAGCAUCGGCCAAUGAUGCUAAGAUCUUGCAGGAUAUGUUUAUGAACGGAAUCAAACUCUUAUCAGAUGCUAUGGAUUACCCAGUGGCUGGUGUUGAAGGUGACGAGGUGGGUGUUGGUGGAGGGAUCAGUAGUCAUGUUAAGGACAACGAAUCCAUCCACAGUGGGAUCAGCCGUAGGUCAAUCAAUAUUAACCCCAUUGAUGAUGGUGGGGAGGAUAUCACCUCGUUGAAUGGGAAAAGACUGAGUAUGACCUCGACUGCUCCUCCCAGAUUGAAUGAGUAUGAUGAAGGGGAUGAUAUAACCACCUUGAAUGGGCAAGCUCCUCCUUCAACGCCUCGAAGGAACCGAAGAGGAAGUAGCGUAUCUUCCUCUUCUUCAUUACCCUUUCCACAAUCAGUCAGAUCACCUUCUGUCCCUUCCACAAAACAGAAUAGCGUGUCUGAUUUUGGAAUACACUCUAGCAAACCAGGAUCACCAAAAAAGUCAUUGAGUCAAAGAUCAGUCAAUACAAUUAAGGAGUUUGAAGGGAUCGAUUAUGAAUUGAGACUCGAAUUGAUUGUAAAUAUAACAAAGAUCUUACAAGUUUGGUUUCACAAUAUCUUAACUACAAAUGAGCAUAGCGUAAAAGCCUUGAAAACUCUCCAAAAUGAUUCAAACGGUGAAUACUUAACAAAUCAAACCAAUAAUAUCAUCUUUAAAAUAUUCAAGUUACCAGGGACUUCUGCAUUGUUGACUGAUUCCCACUUAUUCGACCUAUUGUCCAAGAUGAAAUGGUUCUUGACGGGCUCUUUGAACUACAUUAAAGAUCAAAUAUACUCGGGAAGUGAUGAAAGUCCAACCGAUUUCCGAAGCUUGGUGGUAAUAAAAGAGUUGAUUUUCUUAAUUCAUGAUAUUUUGCAUACUUUAUUCCAUUCCUUGAUAUCUUCCACAAAAUUCAAUACAAAUGAUAAUGAUAUGAUUAUUAUAAAGAGCCUUUUAUAUACUUUCUAUAAAGUGGACUUUUCUGAAGCUUUUGAUGAGAUUUUGCUCAUUGCAAGUAACAAACCUGAAUCUACUGAAGAUUCGGAAGACCAGCUUUUUACACCAGCCCCAAUCAGGCUUUCUUUUGAAAGUUUAUUAAAGGUGUAUGUCAUAAUCGGAACACUAGCCAAUGUACCAACCAAUUACUUGUUGGUGAAUAAAAGCUCAUUAUCUUCAGAUAUUACUACAAUUGAAAGUGAAUCACCCAACGUUUAUGAAAAUUUAUCAACAAAGUUGAAAAACUUUGAUAGCUUGACGUUUUUCAAACAAGAAGUAAAUUCAAAAAUAUUGCCGAUUUUAGCAAUGAACUUCAAUUAUUAUUUUGAAUAUAAACCUGAUUUAAUCAUUUAUAAAAUUAAAAAUAGUUCGUUUAUGAAUUGGAUCACAGGAAAUAGGUUUAAUGAUAAUUUAUAUCUAAACUAUGAUACCGUUAGAGAUACAACUGAUUUAAAAUAUAACUCGAAAAAUUUAAGUUAUCUAUCAGAUGAUCCAUAUAUUGAUGAAUUGGUUGAAAUAUAUAAUCAAAAAGAUAUGGCGAAAAAAAAUAGUGAAGGUGAUGAUGAAAAUGGAUUAGUCACCAAUAAUGAGUUAUUACCAAUAACGUUGUUAUUAUUUACUUAUACUAGAAAUGGGUCAUUUUUGAAAAUUUUCACUAAGCAAAUGAACUAUAAUAAUCAUAAAGUUGAAGAUUUACUUAACAAAGAUAUCGAAAGCGUUGAGUUAUUUGAAAUAUGGGUUUGUUUACUUUCAUAUGUUUUCCAAUAUCAAUUUAAAUCAUCCAUUAAUAAACAUGUCAGUAGACUUCUGUUGGUUAUAUUACUUAGAUUAACAUCUAUGAACAGUCAGGUUAAAACUGAUGAAGAAAGCUUCCACUUAGUUGAUAACUUACUUAAUUAUCAAAUUAAUGAAUUUAAAUGGAAAAUUUGUCAUCAUAAGCUACCAAUAAUUCCAAACAAUAUAAUCAAGGAAGGGUUUAAAAACAGUUUAUUAUAUAUAAUGGACUGUUUACAAGUAUUACUCAGAUUUAAUUUAACCAAAAAAUUAAAUAUUGAAAGUUUUAAAAUUGCAAACACCAUACUUUACCAAAUAUUAUUAAAAUUUAAAAAGAAUAUUAAUGAAGGAGAAAAACCAGAAGAAUUAGAAAAACAAUUGGGUAAUUAUCCAUGGAUUGAAUUGUACAAGACAUUGAUUCAUGUGAUUAAGUUUAUCAAUAAGCAGUAUUGCAAUAAAUCCAAAGAAUCAAUAAAAUCAUUAAUUGAGGAGAUUUUUUUAAUAUUUGAAUUAUUAUUAGAAGAUGAAUUUAAUCAAAUAAUUCAAUUCAACAGCGAUGAAUUCCAAAGCAAAUCACAAGGGAAUCAUUUACUUAAAUCAAUUAACUAUGAGCUUAUUUAUGAAUUAUUAUUAAAUUUUGAAAGUGUUAAGGCCGCCUUUGAUAAAUAUAUUUCUAACGACGAGAAUUUCCCAAAUAUCAAAAGAUGUUUCCAAUACUUCAUUGAUGAAUUUGGUAUAAUCAAAUUAGAUAACAAGGAAGACGAGGGAGAGGCUAAGGAUAAGUUUGAUUUGAUGCAUAUUGAUUUUGAUUCACCGGAAAUGAUUAGUAAAAUUAUCAAUUUUACCAAUACUACCACCACCAAACACGAAACGGUUGGUUAUAAUUACAAAUCGACUUUCAAAUUCUUGAAUAAGUCAUACGAUUAUAUCUAUGAGAAUGAAGAGGAAUUAUUAGAAGUUUUUUAUAGUUUAUAUAAUUCCAAAUGGUAGAAGCAAAAAUAUAUAU